AUGGAAUCUCUUAUUACAUGGUUAUGCUCGUCUGGUGUGUUCCUAUGUGUGACAAUACUCAAUAUUGUAAUUAUAGGAGCAUUUGUCGGUUUAUAUUUAUCUAGUAUAUUUGGAGUGGCAUCCUAUUUUCCCGAUAAAUAUGUUAAUUCUGUUGUUAUAGGGACAAAUCUCAUUUUGUUGAUGGCAUUGUUCUUCUUAGUUUUGCAGUAUUUAAUCUUGUUGGAAAUAUUCUUGCUGGCUAUAUCAAAAAGGUUAGUUGAACCACAUUUAUCGACAACGGCGGCUGUGAUGUUAAAUCUAUUUGCAUUUUUUGGUGCUACUAGUGGUGUUAUUAAUUCAGUAUUUUAUCGCUAUAUUAUUACUUUGUAG